UUUCACAAAGGCUUGUGGGAGCGAAGCGAGAGAGGACUGGUCAAGAUGGCGGCAGCGGCAGAGUCUCCAGGACACACGGAGAUAGGAUCGCCCAGGCCCCUGUUUGCAGGCCUUUCAGAUAUAUCCAUCUCACAAGACAUCCCGGUGGAAGGAGAAAUUACCAUUCCCGUGAGAUCUCAGAGUCAGGAGUUUGACAGCUCCACGCUAAAUGAAUCUGUUCAGAAUACCAUUAUGCGUGACCUCAAAGCUGUUGGGAAAAAAUUCAUGCAUGUUUUGUACCCAAGGAAAAGUAAUACUCUUUUGAGAGAUUGGGAUUUAUGGGGCCCUUUGAUCCUCUGUGUGACACUCGCAUUGAUGCUUCAAAGAGGCUCUGUAGAUAGUGAAAAAGAUGGAGGCCCCCAAUUUGCAGAAGUGUUUGUCAUUAUCUGGUUUGGUGCAGUUAUCAUUACCCUCAACUCAAAACUCCUUGGAGGAAACAUAUCUUUUUUUCAGAGCCUCUGUGUAUUGGGUUACUGUAUACUUCCCUUGACAGUGGCAAUGCUGGUUUGCCGGGUUGUACUUUUGGCUGAGCCAGGACCAGUAAACUUCAUGGUUCGACUUUUUGUGGUGAUUGUUAUGUUUUGCUGGUCUAUAAUAGCUUCUACAGCUUUUCUUGCUGAUAGUCAACCUCCAAACCGCAAAGCUCUUGCUGUUUAUCCUGUUUUCUUGUUUUAUUUUGUCAUCAGUUGGAUCAUUCUCACCUUCACUCCUCAGUAAAUCAGGAAAUGGAAAUGAAAAACUAGUGAAUUGAAAAUUUAUUUAAAAGAUAAAAUUGAUCAUGGAAUUUUACCUCUAGCCAUCUUUCAUGUAAUUUUGGAGGUAUUUGAAAACUGGUCAUGUGAGGACGUUAUACGGGAGCCAUAAAACACAGUUGCUUCUUAUGUAAGGAACUGAUGUUUGAAGGUUUUUCUUUUUCUCUUCAUGAUAUCAUUUCUUUUGAAUACAUAUAUAUAUAUAUAGUACACAGAGUAAAAUUGCUCCUGAAGGUAUGCUGGAGUUAUCAUGGUCCAUUUGAUCACAGCCAGUACCUGGGAAGCACAUGCAUGCAUCCUGCAAGUUGAAUAAAGUUGGUAAUGGUAUUUUCACUUUUGAGAACACCUGUUCAGGUGCAGCUCUUAAAACACUGCCUUAUGACUACUAGAAUAAGCCUCUUUUUAUAGAUAAGAGUGAAUAGUCUGUAUCUGUUUCCUUUAUUUUUUAAGCUUAAAAAGGCUAUCACGUAGAUUUGGGAGGGUGUGUUAAUAUAUGUUGUAGGGAAAAAAAAUCAUUAACCAAUAUACAGAUUUUGAUCAGAGAAAAGUCUACAUUUGUUACUUUAAAAAAAAAAUUAAAGGAUAUGUAAAGAGUCUGUCUUUGAUCUUUCUAUGCAGUCACCUUUUCUGCUAUGCUCAACAGCAUCGCAGUGACACUAGUUUUUUCUUACUCCCUAGCUCUGAAUAUGCUGGCUAUAAUGUUAGCUUUCACUCUGUAGCUUUCCUUUGAUUCCUUUGACUGAAUCUCUCAGUAUACUGAUCUUUUUUUUUCUUUUUUUUUUCUUUUUGGGUCACACCCGGCAAUGCACAGGGGUUACUCCUGGCUCUGUGCUCAGGAAUUACCCCUGGCUUUGCUCAGGGGACCAUAUGGGAUGCUGGGAAUCGAACCCGGGUCGGCCGCAUGCAAGGCAAACGCCCUAUCCGCUGUGCUAUUGCUCCAGCCCCUAUACUUAUUAACUAAUUUAAUUAAAUAAGUUAAUUUUAACUUAUUUAAUUAAAGGACCUCAGAAACUUAGAUUGGUAAUUAUAAUGUAGACAUAUUUUCUUAAAGGUAUAAUGAGACAGUUUGGAUACAACAUAGCUAUAAAUGAUUCUCCAUUCUGUGCAAUCUCAACUUCGAUUUAGUGAAACUAAAUCAGAAGACUACAGUUAACCAUGUGAACAUGGUUAUUGCUCUGAUAACUGAAACAAUUGCGGAACAACCCAGCUUUAGGCCAAGCUAAGUUUCUAACUUUCACUUUUUUUCAUAGCUUGCUGCUUUGCUUGUGCUUUUAGAAUUAGGGGAUAGCAAGUUUUCUUGGUUCUAAACUUCAGUUGUAAAGCUAAUUCGCACCUCUUCAGACAAGUAUUGUUUUUUGCACAUAUGGACAUACUUGUAUUCUCAGCUAUCUGUGCAACUAAGUGUGAAGGCUUUCCAGGGAGGAGCGACUAGGACAGGCUGACUGAAUUAGAAAGACACCAUUUAUAAAGUAAUAUGAGCUGCUGCUAAAUUGCUCGUGAAGAACUUUCAGUUGAUAAAGUUUAGCGAUUAGGCCAAAAACAUUCACUGUAAAUAUGAAGUUACUUAUAAUGAUGGGGAUUUUUUUUACUCUUCAUUAUGGAAUUGAAAUACUCAUUUCUAUUUAAAGACAUAGAUACACUGUUUAAAAAGCAUUUCUUCAUUAUCAGAUUAACCAAGUAAACAGCAGUACAACAAAUAGAAUCAAGAAAUUGGUCUCUUUUGUCCUAGCCUUGUCAAAAGUUUUUGGUUGUAUAUCUGUAUUCAUUUCAUUUUCUCUUUUUAAAUUGUUAAACUUCAGUAUAUAGCCAAUGUUUCAGUCUUGAGUUGAUAACUAUUUUGAAAUACAUUCCAAUUAUGAAAUUAAUCAUAAAUUAUUAUCCUUUUCCAUUAUCUGAAAAUUUCCAAUUUCCUACUUAAAUUUAUCUCUUCCCAAGCUGUUUCUUCUUAACUUGUCCCAGUGAUUUUAAUACAGAAAUAAAAGAAAUAGCCAUGCUUCUUAGUAGAGAA